AUGCUGACCUGGCUACCACCGUCGCCUCCACCCUCUGAUAGUGGUGAUGAUAUUUACUAUGAUUCAACUGGUGAAUAUUGGUUUGAGCAAUUACCCAUGGCUGAGUGUCGCUUACCAACUACAAUUCAUGAACUUCAUCGUCCUCGACCACUUACACCAACUUCAUCACUCGUCCCGGAACAAUUUGUACCUGAAAUUAUAGUUUCAUCAUCGGCAGCAUAUCAAAUGACACCCGGUUCAAUGUCAACAAAUGUUGCAAUACCUCCAAUUGUUGCACUACCUCCAUCACCAACUGGCAUGUGUACUGUGGCUAGUGGUAUAGUCCGUGAUAUCGUAUCAUCUCCUACCGCAUCGCUGUCAUCAAUUUCGCAUGAACGUGGUAUCAAUUUAAUGCCUCAAACGGGUGUAUCAUCUGGUGCUGCUUACCUUGAUACAUCAAAUCUAUUAAGACCUACUACACCUUCAUGUUUGCCUGGUUCUGUUGAUGAUGCAAUUGAUAGCGUGCGAAAAUCAGCACAAAAAGCAUUAUCUGCUCAAGGAACACAGAGAUCUCAACCUGGAAGCGGUCGUCCCAGCUUGCUUGAUAGUCGUUCUGGAAAAACUGAAUUACGACGUCCUUUCACACCACCUCCACGAUAUCGCGAAGCAAUCGAUUAUGAUGGAACAGAAUGGAGUAUUGCAGAAGACUAUGAGGCGCUCAUGGUUUUAACUGAAUUGCAACGAUUACCAAAUCAUUUACAUUCAUCGAAAAUUGGGCAAUACGCAAACUGGGACAUGGUAUCGGUUUUGUUAGGCACAUCAUCCGAAAUUUAUCGUUCACCACGACAGUGCUCAUUACAUUACCAAAUGGUUGUACAACCACGUGAAGAAGGACGUAUGGUUACAUUGGAUCCAAUAACGAAAAAAACACGGAGAGUUCCCCUAUCAACUGGAGAAAUGAUUCACAUGAAGCGUGGGCGUACCAAAACCGAUCAGCAGUACUUAGCCGACAUUCUUAAGCUCAUGUCAAAUCAAUAUGAUAAAAAAGCUAAAGCGCUGAGAGCAGCAUCACUAAAGCAAACUGUUUUAUUCCGUCCUAAAACGACUGACGAUGAUAUGGAAAAAUGGUGUCCUACGCAGUCCCAAGAAUUGAAAUUCGCUGAGUUGGGAAUACGUUACGAUGCUACAACAACUUGUUCUGAAGUAGUUGAUUAUCGUAAUGAACGACGGGAGAAGUUACGUGAGCAGGAUCGUGAACGUUCGCGUUUGAAAGAAGAGGAGGAGCAAAAGAAGGAAGCUAUGAUUAUCGAACAACAACGAAGUCAUGAGCAGAAAUUAAUUCGUAAAGAAUCGGCAGUUACUGCAAUCCCUGGUAUUAUACAUUAUCAGAAAGUAAGUUAUGGAGCUGUUAUGGAACAUGCACAGCAACAACUUUCUGCAGCUUCAGCACCAGUGAUAACUACCCCUGCUGUUUCGACUGUGAGAACAUAUACUUCUGGUAGUUGCGUUCAAGGUCAACUUGUAAGCAAUAUAUCUGGACAAAGUACAACAUAUGCAGGUGAUGCUCCCCAAGUAAUUGUUAGUCAACGAACUUAUGUUGAUCACCCACAAGUGUUUCCGAAAUUCCAGGCUGUAUCCGGUGCUGCACCUGGUGCUCACCAGAUCAGUACUCGGCGUGUCGCGAUUUCGGUUGGUUCAGGAACUUCAACUCAACAUCAAAUUAUUAUGACAGGUGGUGCACAAAUGGGAUCAUCUGGAGGCCAACAACCAUAUGCUGUUGUUGUUAAUUCUCAAGACACUCUGUCUGGACAACAGCUUGGUAGUCGUUUCCAGUACACAACGCGGCAAGAAGGUGUAGCUGAGCGACAGACUGUUUAUCGAACAAUACCAUCAACUGGAACAAAAAAAGGGCUCUCUGCACCUACUGCACAAAGGCAAAAAAUGUUCCAGAUUGCGACCGGAUACGGAACAUCUCCGGAAGCACAACAGCAGAUAUAUGCAACCACAUCACAUGCUGGACGAACGCUGAUUAUGUCGCAAGGAGAUGGUUCACAACUAAGCGAAACGGGUCAAAUACAAAUGAUUCGACCACAAAUCCAAACUGGUGGGAUGUCUAUACGACAAGAUGCUCGGACUAAAAUAAAUCAGCGAACACCGGGUCGUUUAUAUGUCACAACAGCUGCUGGCGAUAGGACUUACCUGAUGCCGCAAUCACAAGUGCGAAUGAUGCCUAGUGGACAACGAAUUACACAAAAACGUACUGCAGGUGCAAUACAUGCGAAAACAAUUGGUGGUCAACCACAGGUUGCUAUGAUGUUGCCACGUGGAAGUCCUGUACAACAGAUACGAACAAUACCACGCAACAUUGGUUAUCAAAGCUCUCGUGUUCCAUCAAUUGGACUAGUUAUGAGUGGCAGUUCGAGAAACAGUGAAAAUGUCACUGCUUCUGCAACAACCAAGCAGUUACCAUCUGCAGGUGGUAUUUCGCGACAAACAAUUUCGAGUGCUCCGUCAAAUACCAGACAGGUAACCGUCGCGGUACAAGGUAUCAGCAAUUCGACUCCCACUAUGUUACAAGAUCAUUCUGCGAGCAUUCCAGCUCAGCAAACACAGUACCUACCGCCAAUAACUCUUUCAAAUCAGGCCAGUGUUCAACAACGCUAUGUAACAUCGCAACCACCAAGUGGUAGUGGAGGCACACCUUCAGUUGCUAAUACCGCAAGUGGAAUGCAACCAUCUCACACAGAUAUUUCAUAA